AUGACACAAAACAAGCAGGCCGUGAUCUGUGUCUUCUGCGGUGCCACAGCAGGCAAAGACCCAAUCCACUUCGAGGCGGCCCGAACCCUCGCGCAAGAAUUCCACAAACACAAUGUUCAACUCGUAUACGGCGGCGGUACAACAGGACUGAUGGGCGAGAUCGCCCGGACACUCGUUAGUCUCUCAGGACCUCAAUCUGUACACGGUGUUAUCCCUCGUGCGCUCGUGAAAGUCUCCACAAAGAGUAAUGGAAACGGGAGUGCCGACGCAACGCCUACAGAGGGUGGGAAAGCCGCUGAGCGUGUAGUCUCGGAGUCCUUAGACGAGGAGGGAAUCCCGGAAUCAGAGUACGGCAUGACAACUAUUGUGCCGGAUAUGCAUACUCGCAAGCGAUUGAUGGCGACUAAGGUCCUUGAAGGUGGUCCUGGAUCUGGGUUUGUGUCGUUGGCUGGUGGAUUUGGAACUAUUGAGGAGGUUAUGGAGAUGACUACUUGGAAUCAGUUGGGCAUUCAUAAGGUUGGAGUUGUGUUGUUGAAUAUUAAUGGGUACUGGGAUGGAGUUUUGGCUUGGGUGCAAAAUGCUGUGUCUGAGGGCUUCAUCAGUGCUGAGAAUGGACGCAUUCUUGCUGAAGCGAAGGAUCCAAAGGAGGUUUGGGGGAAGCUUUUGGAGUACCAGGUUAGCAGCGAGCGGAUGCAGCUGAACUGGGGUGAAGAGUGA